UUCACAAUGAGAUCAGUGCGAUGCCGCUUAUUCUUGAGAAUCGACAGAGCUGCUCAUCCGGUGAGCAGUACUACGUAUGCUCGUCAAAUGGCUUCAUAGGAUGUUGUGGGGUAGAUCCGUGCAGCCUAAGUGGUGGCUGUCCGGAUGGUGAGAGUGCGGGUACAACGAGCAGUGCUGCGGUGCCGGCUACAGCAACCUCGCAAGCACUAGCAACGUCGAACGCAAUCUCGAAUCCUACGGCAGAGCUGUCCUCUGUCGGUGUGGAAUCCUCACCAACCACUUCCGCAGACCCAUCGUCUGCCGGGGUAGAGUCACAGCCGAAUACUUCGGCGGCAACAAAGCUAGAGACGAUUGCUUCGGUCAGUGAAGGACGAACGGUGUUUAUCACGGUGACCCGCGAUGUAUCGCCGUCCGUGUCUCCAAUCCCUUCCCCCGCCGGUGACGGAAGCACGCCUAUCGGAGCUAUAAUCGGAGGCGUGGUAGGAGGUGUGAUUGUUAUAACGCUGAUUAUAUCCGCACUCUUCUUUUACCGACGAAAGAAGCGAGUUAAAGAACGCCAACGAGUAUCUCUACCGCCAUCUUACCCGCAGGGAGAUAUGUCAGCAUAUCUGGGCGCAACCAACGAGAAAGACAAAGCAGGGCUCAAUGACGACGGGCGAGAGAACGUGCCGCAGCUCGAUAGCAGAAUGAUCAGACCCAACAAUGAGAUGGGCGGAGAUCCCCUCGGAAACAUCCCCGAGCUUGCGGCUCAGGAAAAGAAUCCUUUCAAAACCCCAGACUUAUCCAAGACACCGGAUCUGUCCUCUGGGGCUGGGCCAUCAGCCUUUCAGCCGAGAAACAUAGAAGUGAAGAGUGGGAAUGAUGAUGACCACGUAAUGAGCUGGGCGCAAUACAAACCAUAGGCAUUUGAAGCGGCGUUGACAAGACAAGCUGCCAUCAUGGGCUUUUAUU